AUGGAUGCGGAAAGCGUAAGCACAAAGGAUUAUGAGACGGUUUUAAGAGGCAUUGAAGAUACUGUUGCUCUGAGCAGCGAAGAAAUCUUAAAUAACCAAGAGCUAAGACUCAAAAAUACAUUGCAUGAAAUAUCUUCGAGCAUUCUGGCAAUAAACGAAGAGAAUAAGUUUGUUAAUCCUCUUAGAAACGAUAAAGACUCGGAUGCUGGGGAAAAAGAGGUGUACAUUAACCCUAGAAUCUUAGGUGUGAAGAUCAAAGAGUUUAACAAUCUAAUGGAGUUAUUGAAGUUGACCUAUUUAGAACAGGAGACCCUGGACUAUUUUUUCAGGUUUACUUUAUCUUCGACGAAGCCACUACAGUUAAAGUCUGAAAAAGACCCUGAAUUUGUGAAACUGAAUGAGAAGGUUAAUCAUGUAAAAAAUGAGAUUUCGACUGUUUACGAAACUAAAAUAGAACAAAUUAAAACCGAAAUCCAGGAGACUGGCCACAAAUUUGCCGAAAAACAAGACUUGUUAAAUGAACUUUAUUUGGAGACCACAGGUGAUAUUGAAAAUUGUUGGGAUUCGCUUAACGAAUUGAAACGUUUUACAAACAAAGGGGAUGACAAUAUUUCCACGGAUAAAGAUCCCGUAUUGAAUCCUGGCGAUUCGAAUGAUUUUGUGGAGGAAACAUACACGAAUUGGCAAAAUCUGCUUUCGUUACAAAAGCAAAAUCAAAGCUUAACAAAGGAACUUAAGGAAGCGCACGAAGCUAAAAGUCGGAUAAUAAGAAAAGGAAAGCAAAGACAGAAAGACGAUUCAGAGCAUUCAACCGCCAAGGAGUCAGAAUUAUGUCAGUCAGUCAACUUACUGGUAAAAUUUUGGGAGAAAUAUUUCCUGUUCAAAGGAUCAAAAGCGACUAUUUUGAACUUCGAAAUUUUUACUCAACUUGGUAAAGUCCAAUUUGAGAUAAAGGACACGAAAUAUAUAAUAGUCGUCUCUUUGAGUGAUUUGAAAAGACCGAUGAUAAAAGAUAUUACUAUUUUACAAAAGAAAGGCGGAAAUAUAGUGACAAAUGUUGAAGUGAGCAGUAAAUUUAACGAUAAGUAUCGAAAUAAUAACAGAAUACAAAUUUUUGAGGUGAUGGAUAAUAUCAUAGGCGAGCUAACAAAUGAAUAG